AUGACUAAAGGUGAACUCAAAGUUAUUGUUGUCGAAGCGAAGAAUUUAAAGGACAAGGAUGUUGUUGGAAAAAGUGAUCCAUAUGUUGAACUCUGGAUUGAAAAAGGCUACAAACAAAAGACCACCGUCAAGGACGGUACUUUAAACCCAAAAUGGGAAGAAGACUUCAAAUUUAACAUUCAAGAGGGCCAACAUACUCUUCAUCUCAAAGUUCUCGAUAAAGAUAUUACUGAUUCUGACAAGAUUGGAGAAACUAAAAUCGAUCUAAAGGAAGUCUUCAGUGCGGGUUACGUAGAUAAAUGGUACAAAUUACCAGCACUGCUCGGUUUAAGCAGCCAUGGUGAAGUUCACGUGGUUCUUCAAUUUAAUGCAGAAUAA